UGUGUUUUGGUAGCGUAGUACUGGAUGCUCAUAACCUAAUUUGUUGAGGAAGUGAACGUUAAAUAGUACGUUUAUUUGCUUUGUAUCAAGUAAAUAUGCAUGUCUAGUUCUGUAAAUGGAUUAAAAUAUCAUAUGUAUGAUGUUUGAAGAGCGAGUAUACGAAGAUUUACCAGACUUCGCAUGUCUGGAGGAUACUGUGAAAGAGCUUGAAGAAGCAAAGGAAGCACUUGAAGAUGAAGUAAGAAGAGUAAAGGAAAAACUGGAGGAAGCUACAACUGAGAAAAAUAAAUCUCAUUCCAAACAUAAGUCUCUUUGUUUAAAUAUAUCAGUGCUCUAUAAGACUGUAACUGCUGAGAUUGGACGGAAAGAUAAACUAAUAGCUGAACUUCACAAAGAAAAUGAUGCAAUUAUUUUGCAAAGAAAGAAGAACACAUUUAAUGAGAACGCUAAGCAUACAUCGGAUAACAGUGGUGAUCACUGGUGCUAUCAAGACACCUUUGAACAGAAUGAUCACCCUGCUCCAAAAGUUGAGAAAAUAGAACCAGAUUAUGCAGAUUCUGACAGCUGUGCUUCACACAACUUUUCAUCCCAUGUGGAUUUUCCACUGCAGAAAGAUCCUGCAGUUUUCAGUACAAGAUGUAGGCAGAUCACUUCUGACGAUAACAUUUUGACCAAUACGGAUAAGUCACAUGAACUUAUUAAUCAGGAAUCAGCAGUUCUAUGGAAUUUAAGUACACCUUCAGAUACUAAACUACAAAAAGAUAUAAAUGAAAAAGUACACCACAAUUCUGCACAUUUAAGUACAGAAUAUGAUUUGUCUUCAAAUACAGACAUAAGGAAGUCAGAAAAUGGCAGUAAUUUUUCCAGUAGAAGUGGUACAUUUCAUUAUGAUGCUAGUUCAGAAAGAGUGCAUGUAGAAAGAAAGAAAUUCAAUGUUGAUAGUCCCAGACUGACAUCACACAGCAUGCCGGGAGAACCUGUAUCUAGGCACUUCCACCAGAGAGAUGAACGUGAAUACAAGGCAUAUUCGAAACAUAAAAUAGAAAGAUUUUUACAUUCUGAGAGUGAUGCGUCAAGAACGCAUUCAUCAGAUCACCAACCACAUUCAGAAAGAUGGGAGUCACAUAACAUUCCAAGAAUGACACAUGAGACAAACAUAUCACAUACACUUAAAAAUUCAAGGUCAGGAUCUGUUUCUUGGUCCAGGACUGAAGCAGGAUAUGUAGAGAACAAUUCAAAGGGAAGGUAUGAUGUCAGAGCUUCGUCACAUAGCAGAAGCUUUGGGUUGACAGAAGCAUAUGAAAUUCCAACGGAUCACAAUUGUAAACCACAAAAUAAAUUCAAAUGUGUUGGUGAACCACACUAUAUAACAGAAACUUCAGAUGUUGAACUGGCAUCUUCUUUGAAAAUGCAAAAUGAUGAAUUGGAAAUUAACGCAAAAAUGCCACAUGAAAGCACUGUGCCGAACUCAUCUGAACACCAUGGUUUUAAAAGGUCAAGGUUGGCCAGAAUUCUAAAAUUAAAUUCUGUAACCGAGCGCAGUGAAACAAGAAAUUCAGUUAGUAACGCUGAUUUGGUUAGAAACACAAAUAGCACAUUGUGCUGGGAAUAUGGUGAUGGGAGAAUAAAGAGGCCUCUUGAAACUGAAGAGUUAGAUGGAGCUCAUCUCCCAGAUUCUAAGAGACAAAUAUUGGAUGAUAUAACAGAUCAAGAAUACUACAAUUAUAGGGACAAUUAUAAGCAUUCAGAACGUGAACGGAAUUAUGAUACAAGAAUGAAACCAUGUUUAGGCCCGGUAAAUGAAAACACGAUGAAAGACUAUAAAUUUACAAGAUAUGAAAAUGAUGGCAUUAGAAAUAUCUAUAAUACUGUGCUGGAAGGUAGUCACAAAGCUGAGGAAAUGGAAAGAGAAAUUUGGUCCCAAAAUAUUGAACUGAAUUUUGAAGAUGCAAGAUGUGAAGAUGAUAGGAAGUUCCCAACCAUGGAAAGUGCAGUUAAGAAGGGCACAGAUUACAAAUUAAGGAUUAAAUCUGAUAGUCCAGAAUCAAAUGAAAGAGACAAAAAUGUUCCUAGAAGAAGACAGACAGAUCGUCAGUAUCAUGAAUAUAAUAAAUACAGGUCAAACAGAAAGCCAUUUUAUAUGGAAAGAAAGAUGUCAAGAUCAUUUAGACCACAAUAUGCCGUAAAGAAUUAUUAUGAAAGGUCGCGUUCACCCUUCAUAUAUAAUCACUAUUCAAGAUGACUGAAGCCCUUCAUAACUUCUGGGUAAGGAGAAAGUGGAAGAUUCAGAGACUCAGAGUAAUGAAGCAAAUAUUUUGUGUUAAUAUCAUAUAAAAGUCAAUGUCCAGGGUACUUACACACAGUUGUUAAUGGCACGAAAUGAAAUUUUGUUAGUUACGUGCUUUGUAUGUGAUCCGUGCAAGUGGUGAUGGAUCUCACAAAUCAACACUUACCUCAAAAACAAGGCAGUUUGAUUAAAAGUUUAAUUAAUUAUGGAAAUUUUGAUAAAUGAUUGAUUAUAAACAGAACUGUCGUCAUGUGCCAACUUUAUUGACUUUCGCUUACAUAAAGACAGAACACCAUUUUGUAAAGAAUGCAGUGGGCAAUUAAAUGUAUACAUUGAAGAUGUAGAUGAAAAUAAAUCAUAAAUAUUAUUUGUGA